UGGUCUUUAUCAAAACAAAAACAAAAGGGCAUUAUUUUGUAAUAAUGUGAUUUAAAUAAUUGAAAAACAUUACUUUGUAAUACUAAUAUUGAAAAAAUGGCCUCAGUGAAAGUCGCCGUCCGGGUGAGACCCUUUAAUCAGAGGGAAAGAGAUAUGGAGGCCCAACUGAUAAUUCAAAUGAAAGGCAAAACGACAGGAAUUCUAAACUCUAAGGCUAACGCUCGAGACGAAAACAUUCGUUACAAAGAGUUUACUUUUGACCAUUCCUAUUGGUCUCAUGAUUUCAAAUCAGAUAAUUAUGCAUCUCAAGAAAGCGUCUAUAGUGAUUUAGGAACGGAGGUAGUGGACUGUGCUUUCGAAGGAUACAACGCUUGUGUUUUUGCUUAUGGACAGACAGGCAGUGGUAAAACCUUUACAAUGAUGGGAUCAAAUGAUAACCAAGGCCUUAUACCGAGAAUUUGCAAAGCACUAUUUGAUAGAAUGUCAGAAAACUCAAAAAGGGGAACCACACAUCGUGUACAAGUUAGUUACUUGGAGAUUUACCAAGAAAGAGUGGCUGAUUUGCUUAUCGAUAGAAGAAUUAAGGAAAGUAACAGUUUAAAAGUGAGGGAACAUCCUAAAAAAGGCCCCUAUGUACAAGGUUUAACUACUUGUUGGGUUACAAAUUACGGCCACAUAGAAGAUUGCAUGAAUAGAGGAAAUUCACACAGAACCACAGCUUCGACUAAUAUGAACGAUGUGAGCAGUCGGAGUCAUGCAAUUUUUACUAUAACUUUUGUUCAGGCUGGUUACUGUGAUGGAGUUCCAAGUGAAACAGUUUCAAAAAUUCAUCUUGUUGAUCUGGCCGGUAGCGAACGAGCCGAUUCAACUGGAGCCACAGGGCAAAGACUAAAAGAAGGGGCCCAUAUUAAUAAGUCACUGGUUACUUUAGGUUCUGUUAUAUCUGCUUUGGCAGAACUAUCCUCGAGCGACCCAAAGGAUCAAAACGGUCAAAGGAGAGCCUCGUUUAUACCUUACAGAGACUCAGUUUUAACAUGGCUACUGAAAGAUAGUUUAGGAGGCAAUUCUAAAACUAUCAUGAUCGCUGCUAUUAGCCCGGCAGAUUGUAAUUAUGGUGAAACAUUAAGUACUUUGCGCUAUGCUAAUAGGGCAAAGAAUAUUAUUAAUAAACCAACAGUUAACGAGGAUCCUAAUGUUAAGUUAAUUCGAGAAUUAAGAAAUGAAAUUAGUAAACUAAAAGCGCUGAUGUUUUGUGAACAAAGAUCAGAUGUAUUGGCUCAACAAAUACAUGAAAAGGAAACUAGAGAGAAGGAAUUGACCGAGGAGUGGACGGGAAAAUGGCGGGAGGCUCAAGCCAUUUUGAGGGAACAAACCGCUUUGGGUCUGAGAAAAUCUGGCGCAGGCGUAGUCUUAGAUUCGGACAGGCCGCAUUUGGUCGCUAUAGAUGAUGAUCCCUUGAGCACAGGAGUCACUUUAUAUCACUUAAAGGAGGGUACUACGACAAUCGGUACUGGAGACGAAAGCGUGAGACAAGACAUAGAAUUGAGAGGAUCUGGAAUGGAGACGGAACAUUGCACCAUAACCUUUCAAAAUAGCAUCGCAAUAUUAACUCCAAAACCAGGGGCGCACGUGAUGCUGAACAGCCAAAUUUUAGAAUCUCCAGCCAAGUUGUCCCAAGGAUGCAUAAUAUUUUUAGGAAAGGCACACGUGUUUAGAUUCAACGAUCCUGCCGAAGCAGCAGAAUUAAGGAAAGGCGAGAAAACUUACAAUAAUCUAUCAAGAUUGAGUUUGCUCAGUUGGUCUACACCAGAUUUGGCUAUUUCAAUGGAAAAUUUAGGAGGCGUUGCUGAUGAGGACAGAGUAGAUAUAGAUCUACAGAGGCAGCAUUUGGAAAAAGAAAAAGAAUUACUAGAAAAAGAACAAGAACAGUUUGAAAAAAGCAAAGAGGACUUUGAGAAAAAGAAAAAACACUUAGAGGAAGCCCAAGCAAAAUUAGAGAUUGAGAAAAAGAUUGUGCAGAAGGAACAUGCUGACCAGACUAGGCAGUUACACGAAGACUGGAUAUCGUUGAAUCAACAGCAAAGGGAAAGAGAAAUGGAAUUGAAAAGGAAAGAAAACGACUUGAUUUUCCAAAGACAAGAAUUGGAAAAGGAAAGGUUGAAGCUUUUAGGAGAGAUAAAUGGAGACUGUGAUACCCUAAAAGAAAUGCGCUGUGAUUUCCUAUCCAAAUUUACAAAUAUCUGCCGAUUAGUUGCAUCACGCGCCAACGAAAUCACAUUUCCUGAUCCUCAAUCCAAACUUUUGUUUCAGGAAUUGGCGGCAAAAUCACAAAACACGCCUCUGUCUGAUGCAGAGUCUGAUUCUUUGGUAGACAUUUUAAAUAGUAUAAGAGCACCAGAUAUUAUUCAGAAACUAGUUAAUCAACAUAGAAAAGAAUUGGCUGAAUUACAAGCUGAACUAAAUAGACGGGUACAGACAUUAUGUGAACGACAAAAGAGUGUCGAAAUAUUAGAUCAAAAACUAAUAGGAUUGGUGAAUGAACAAGAGGAUUUAAAAAUGGAAGAAAGUAACGAAACAAACAUUAUAAUUGAAGAUAGUGAUCUGAAGGAUCUUAAAGAGAAACUGGCAAAAAGAACAGGCGAAGAAUUAAAACAAAUAGAACAAAAGAAACUAGGGUUAACUUUGAAUUUAAAACGAAUAAAUUCAGUUGAUUCGACCGUCGCAAAUCCGCCUACUUCGGGCGAGGUGCAGUCUUCGGCGACGUUGAGCAGCGACACCUACCAUACGGCGCCCAACAGUUGCGGUUCUCCCGUGGAAAACGGAAAGCUGGGAGUAGCGCCAUCUAUCGAUCAAUUGAUGAGCGACAGCGGUGUGGAACUGAUGCCUUCCUCGAUCAGGAAUCAUCACGAAGAAAACUUUAGCGACGAUUUGUCUAGUAACGAGGGGAUGAUAAGCGACUCCCAAUCGACUACCAGCUCUGUGGAAAACCAUUCUCCAAUUAAUAGAAAAAAUCGAAGAAGGGAUGCCGAAACGUUGCGUAAAUUAGCUCAAACUAUAUCGCAGCAAAAGCAGUUCAUUUUGAGGAAUUUGGACAACCAAGUGCCCAAAGAGCAUCUGGAUGGCCAAAUAACCGCUCUUCAACAACUACAGCGACAGUAUAUGGCGUUAAAAUACGGGUCCUCUUCAGCACUGUCACCAGCAACCGAACAUCCACUACAGGAUGUCGAUAGUCCCAGUCCAAUUAAGCCUUUACAUACAGGUUCAACAAGUGCUUUAUAUUCGUCUUCCUUACAAAUAAGAAAUAAUAGGUUACCGUUAUUAUAUAAUCAAGUAAUGUAUAGAUCGAUGCCUUCCAUAACAACUGAUACCGAUUGUGACUCAGUAAUCAGUAUUACCAGUUAUUGUUUGAGAGGAGCCGGCACCAAGACUCACUACGAAUACGACGUUCGAAUUUGUACAGUCGACGAACGAUGGUCGAUUUUGAGAAGAUACAGUAGAUUUAGGGACUUACAUAUAGCGAUGAAAGCUCGUUAUAAGGACCAGGUGUCGAAAAUCCCUUUUCCCUCCAAGACCCUGUUCGCCAACACGGAAGCCGUCGCCCAGACGCGCAAGCGCCAGCUGGAAACCUACCUGCGCAGACUGAUCGAAACGUGCAGGGCGCAUCCGUCCUGCCCCCUGGCGUACGGCGGCCCCAUCACCAAACAGGCCCUCACCAGCUUCUCGCCCUUCUUCAGGAAGGGCGUGUUCGAGAACGGCAAGUACGGCACGUCAUGAUGGCACGCCUGGCUAGGUAUUUAAGCAUUGAUUGAAAUGGGUUUAAAGAUGGCUCGCGCCCUACCCCUUAUUCUUUUUUGUUGCCUUGUUUUUUACAUUAAAUAAUAACUAAUAACUUUAACGCGUGUUAGCCCACGGCCACACAGAAACCCUUUUUUGGGUUUUUAGCGUGAAGCGUCUUUAGCGACUAAAACA